GCCAGUAGUCGCGAAUGCCACACGGCGACUGCCGAACGCGAUGUCGCGAUGAGAAAACAUGAACGAAGUCAGACAUUAUUAUAACGAACCGAACACCUCGUUUAUUCCUGGGUACACGGGACAUUGCCCUCUACUAAAGUUUCGGUAUGGAAAAUGCUACGGCGACAACACGCGACAAAUAUUAAAAGAAAUACGAGCGAAGGGUUUAUUCAAAAAGCCCCUGCAAUACCGUCCCGGUGACAAUUACGAACUGACCAGCCAGCAACCGCGACCACCGAUAGAAACUAUGCGACCGCGAGGACCGAACUCCGGGUACAUGAUCGGCUACACGGGAUACGUACCUGGGAUGAACUUUACGUAUGGUAAAUCAUACGGACGCGCAGCAGACGACUGUAUGGCUAACUUUAACGUUAGUCAGAGCGAGUUGCGACGACAGACCGACUUAAAUCGAAGCUACAUCAGAACGAAGAGCGCCCCCAAAAUGGAGACCGUGCACUCCAGAGACGAGAUACGAAGAGACCUCGACCGAUUCGUUGAGAUCAACAAAUAUAAAGGCAAGUUAUACCAAAACACAAUCUCACCAGAAUUCCCCCCAAUAGCGGGCUAUACUGGUCACAUACCACGUAUAAAAGGCUCAGAGGCGUCGUUAAGCCAACGGUACCACUGCGCUGCUAAGCGGGGCCUCGAACUUAUCAAAAUGGAGAAGGCGAAGCGAAGAGAACUAAUAGACGCCGAUAACAACGUAAAGGCCAUUCUAAAAGAACAAGGAAAGAAGUAUUCUUAUUGGAAUUGGGGAUAGCAUACGGGUCGAAGGAUGUUCUUUAAAAAGUGCCGUUGAAUAUCCUUCAGUUAUUUGGGCAUAUGUGGUCGGGGCCCCAGAUUGAAGUUAUGACCCAGAGGCCCCAACGCGAAGGUGUCUCGAUAGUCGAUAGUCUUAUGAAAAAUUAAUAAUAAACAUGUAGAUAUUAUAAAAGUAGAGAUCUAGUGUUGUAUCAUGUCUCUGAGUGUUACAAUUUCUAACAAAGUUUAGAUGUAUUUAAAUAUUAAUUACUUAAUGUCGUAGUUUGGGCACUUUUUCAUAUUGCCCCUUUUUUCAAAACUAGCUAACUACGCCACUGAUGUCCAUUAUGUAAUUUUAUUUUGCUUAAUAUGUACUAGAACUAGAAGUUAGAACAACCAGACAAGUCAUAGGUAUAGGUAUUAUUUUUCAUGUCACCAAAAGAAAAGACGAGCCAUUGGCAAUAUUAUUGGGAUAUUUUUGAAUGAAUGUGCGCCAAGUUACGUGAGGUGUUUAUGAGAUUUGACAUGAACCCCUCCCGGGUUCGAGUCAAAUCUCAUCUAAUCUCACAUUGGGGAGUGUGGUCUCGGCAAAUCUUUUCUCAACAAAAUAAUACUAUUUUGGUCUAUUUCAUCCAGAUUGUACGUAUGCUUAAGUUUUUUUCUUAAGCGUAAUCGUUAUACUAUUAAGAGCAUUCACAAAUUCGUUUGAAAGAAAAUCUACUGACUGUCAAACCAAACGUUUAGGUACGUAAGAAACAGAAAUUUUGAAAAAUCUUACGUGAGAUUGGUGGGGGGGUUGAAUA